GCGUGCGAGGGACGUCAGGGGCGGUGCCGCAGCAGUUACCCCUGGUAACCGGGGAGGCAGAAGGAGGAGGAGGCGGAGGCGGAGGAGGGACUCGGCUUGAGGAUGGGCUUGCUCUCUAUUUUGCGCAAACUGAAAAGUGCACCAGACCAGGAGGUGCGGAUCCUGCUCCUGGGCUUGGAUAAUGCCGGCAAGACGACUCUGCUGAAGCAGCUCGCCUCGGAGGACAUCAGCCACAUCACACCUACACAGGGUUUUAACAUCAAAAGUGUACAGUCACAAGGUUUUAAACUGAAUGUAUGGGACAUUGGCGGACAGAGGAAAAUCAGGCCAUACUGGAGGAGUUAUUUUGAAAAUACGGAUAUUCUUAUCUAUGUAAUUGACAGUGCAGACAGAAAAAGAUUUGAAGAGACGGGUCAGGAGCUAACGGAAUUACUGGAGGAGGAAAAGCUAAGUUGUGUGCCAGUGCUCAUCUUUGCUAACAAGCAGGACCUGCUCACAGCAGCCCCGGCCUCUGAAAUUGCAGAAGGGCUGAACCUCCACACCAUCCGGGACCGAGUCUGGCAGAUCCAGUCCUGCUCAGCUCUCACAGGCGAGGGCGUCCAGGACGGCAUGAACUGGGUCUGCAAAAACGUCAACGCGAAGAAGAAGUAGCGUGGGGACGGGGAGCCGCAAGAGCCGCGGGAGCCGAACUCGGCCCUGGAAAGCACUGGUUUGCUGUUUCCUGACCCAAUGCUUUUUCAUCUGUGCGCCGCUGUGUGAGGAGGGGACAGCAGCUUCAGAAGAGCCCUCUCCAGCCGUAGAUUUUAACUGAUCUCCAAGGUUCAGUAUCGUUUUUCAAAUAAAGGAAUUAUAUUAUUUCCUCU